CUUUUCAUUCAUUUCUCCAAAUGUUAAGGAUUUUCAAAAUGGCAGAUCUCCCUUUGUUGGAUUUCACCAUUAUAGAAAAUGAUCCUAGUCCAUGGCGGGAAGUUUAUGGAGGUUGGAUUGAGAAUGCCCGCGUUAUAUUGACUUACAGAGAAGAUGGUAGUCCUAGAUGGUUUGAUGUAUUACCUCUUGUUCCAGUUAAUAGAAUUUGUACUUACCGAAAUGCGAGGCUUAGGACUAAUGGUAAUGAAAUUACUGUUAAUACUCUUUCCGUGCCACAAAAUUUUUCUCCUUUCUUUUUUCAUUCGUCCCAAAAAACCUUUUUUAUUUCUAUUAAAAAGUCUCCUUUACCCCUAUUUAAUCUCAACCUAUCUAUCCCAUCACACAUUUUCAUUGUUAAUUUGUCCAUUUUCACAUUCCAUUUUUACCCAUUACAUCUAAAAAUAUUUUCGAAAAGUCAACAACAAAAUAUAUUCUAUUUAAAUUUUUUAAAAGUCGAAUCCGGAAACAUUUUGUGGGACGAAGAGAGUAAUAAUUUGUAUGUCUCUGCAUUUCAAGUGAGGCAUACUUGGUAUGCUUUUAGAGAUACUCAAGUAGGUGUGCCUUGUACGUAUAUGAAUGUUGAUGAGAGUUAUACAGAGGUGGUUUCAAAAGCUCGUAGAUCACCAACCUCACUAGAUCGAACAAGAGAGCCUAUCUCGUUAGGUAGAGAUGCUAUUAUUAGCGCAGUGAAUGAUAUAGCAAGUCCAUGUUUUGUCAAUGACCACGGGAUUGCAAUCAUUAAUUACCGUCAAGCCAAAGGUUCUGUCAUUCUGUUUCAAAUGUUAUCAGAAGCGAUACGAUUUCAAACGGUGCUAGAGACGCUGUUGGGAUUACAUGAUGACUCAUCCAGUCCCAAUACUCAUCGUAUUAUUUGGGAGCACCAAAAUGAAUGGUCUCGAUUGGGAGGAGUCAUUCAUAGAACAUUCAAGAAAAAUCUUCGUGGUGAUGAAGAAAUGCAGAUAUUGAAGACUAAUUAUUUUGUUCGUGUUAUUUUGAGUCUAUGAGAUGGGGGCGUUGACGUCGUCCAACCAAUCCGCAAUAUUUCAGAGUUCUUAACAAUAAGAGGACAUGGGGGUAGAUCCCUUGACUGUGGUACGGAAUUGGUGCUCGAGUUGCAUGGCGCGAGCAUGUUUGUUGUCUUGAAACAGAUCAUGAAUCAUUUUCCAGAGAGCAGAGGCUGUAGAGACGGAGGAAAGAACCAGAUCAGAGACUUCAUCAGUGAUGGUGGAGAGAAUCCAACCCUGGAGAAUGACGUCAAGUUGAAACCAUUCAUCAUCGUCGUCGGAGAUGGGAACGAUGGAGCCGUCAAGAUAACCAUGGAGGUUGAACCGCCGUGCAAGGAGAAAGAACAAGCGGCUCCACUUUUUGUAGUUUGGUUGAGAAAAGCUGAGUUGUAUAGGGACAUGUAAUUUGACGUUGGAGACAGAGAAAGCCAGAUGUAGAGGUUAGGGGGUGGCCGGCCGAGAGAGGGAGGGCAGCGGCGCCGGUUAUUCGGCGAAGGAGGAUGGAGGCCGAAAGAUGGGAAGAGAAAUUAUGGUUUUUGGUUAGGCUCUGAUACCAUGAAGAAGGAUUUUUUUCAUUAAUUAAAUUGUGAGGAGAGUAGAUGUAUAUAUACAAAAGUCUCAAUCCUAGUUAUGGUAGGAGAGACAAUCUAAGAAAACUAUACAAGUAUG